AUUCCACUGCUCAAGUGCAUCAUAGUUCCACGUUUAGUCGUCCAAGUGACCCUCCUCGCGCAUCCGCUCCCAGAUUGCAGGCUGCACCUGCGUUGCCGCCAUUAAAGUUACCUACGUUCAGCGGUGGAUAUGCUAAUUGGGCUGAUUUCUACUCAAUGUUUUCUACAAUCAUUGAAAGUCGGCCAGAAAUCAGCAAUAUGGAAAGACUUCAGCACCUCCGGUCCUGCCUCGAUGGCGCAGCGUUGGAUACGGUUCGCUCUUUGGAAAUUUCUAAUGAUAAUUAUACAAUUGCCGUAAAUUUAUUAAAGCAGAGAUAUGAUAACCGACGUUUAAUCUUCCAGGCCCACAUCGUAAAGAUCUUAGGUCUCAAAAGAGUAGAAAACGGAUCCAUAAUCAAGCUGCGUGAGCUAUCUGACAGCUUCAAUGUCCAUAUGCGUGCGCUCAGUAGUCUGGGCACAACAGAGCAGAUAGCCAGUGCCAUGAUUGCUCAGAUACUGCUACAGAAGCUUGAUGAGGCCUCACAAGCUAAAUGGGAAGAGAAAUUGGACAACUCAGAGACGGCUCUUCAGAUACCCAGAUAUGAAGAAGUCUCCUCAUUUCUUGAGCUUCGUUGCCGCACUUUGGAAUCGAUGAAAUUUGCUCUUACAAACUAUUCGUCAAGUAAGCCGAUGAAUUCUUGCAGUAAGGUUGCUACCAGUAGAUCAGCAUUUCUCGUAACCGGCCACAGUACUCACAGUUGCAAUUUUUGUAAUGAUCUUGAGCACACAAUCUACAAAUGCCCAAGAUUCGCAAACUUGUCUCCUAGUCUUCGCCUGAAUGAGGUCCGAAAGGCUGGCUUAUGUUUGAAUUGUCUCAAGGGAGGUCAUCAGUCGCGACAAUGUGGCUCGCGCAGUUGUCGGGUCUGUGGAGUCAAGCAUCAUACGCUUCUUCAUCUCGGCCACUCCAGCACAUCGCAGGCAGCAAUUCCGCCCCAUCAACAAUCUUCAACAUCAAGAGUACAGACCAUCCCUCAGCCCUCAGCACCAGCCAAUACUCUCUUAUCCAAGGAUCGGCACAGCGAUGUUGUGCUCCUGGCUACCGCAGUGGUUCUGGCAAGGAAUCGGUUUGGCGAGCUUGUUCCUUGUCGUGCACUUUUAGAUUCAGGCUCUCAACUACAUCUCAUUACAGCCAGAUUUGCGAAUCUCCUGCAACUUAAGAGAACAAAAUCGGUGGCAUCUGUAUGCGGCGUAGGCGACUCCAAUGUUGCCAUGGAUGGCAGCAGCAUUUGCCUCACUCUUCAAGCUCAUGCAUCUGAAUAUACAACUAGCAUAACGGCUAUGGUAGCUACAAAUAUAACUGGCAGGCAGCCCAGUUCUAAUGUGAAUACGAGCAAUUGGAGCAUACCGCAAAAUAUAGUGCUGGCAGAUCCAGCUUUCCAUAGGCCGCAACGAGUAGAUCUGCUUAUCGGAGCUAGCCUGUUUUAUGAUUUGCUCUGUGUGGGACAAAUCAAGUUGAUGCCUGGACUUCCAUUGUUACAGAAGACUCGUCUUGGUUGGGUUGUAUCAGGUGGCGAGGCUCGCAACCACAACUCCGUGCUAAUAGCUUCAAAGACGCCUUUGGAUCCGAUUACAGACUCCUGUGCUGAUAUCAAGUUGGACAGUCUCGUUCGUCGCUUUUGGGAAGUUGAGCGCUGCAGCGAUUCCAUUGUAAAGUUCAGCAAGGAAGACUCAGACUGCGAAGCGCAUUUUGCGAGGCAUUACAAUCGAUUGGCUAGUGGCCAAUAUACAGUACGCCUGCCUGUUAAGCUUAGUUGUGAGCUUCUUGGAGAUUCUUAUGAGCAAGCGCGACAUCGGUUUCUCAAUUUGGAGAAGAAAUUGAGUCGUUUGCCGCAUAUAAAGUCUCAAUACUCAGCAUUUCUGAAAGAGUAUCUUGAACUUGGUCACAUGUCACGCGUUCCUCUAAAUUCAUUCCAUCUAUGCAGAUAUUUUCUUCCUCAUCACUGCGUUCUGAAGGAUGAUAGCACAACUACCAAGCUUCGCGUCGUCUUUGAUGGAUCUGCAUCUACAACAACUGGGCAUUCGUUGAAUGACAUUCUAAUGUCAGGUCCCGUCAUUCAGCCAAAAUUAGUCGACAUAUUAUUGCGCUUCCGAUCUUAUCCAGUUGCACUCACCGGCGAUAUUUGCAAAAUGUAUCGUUGCGUGAAAGUACCUGAGCCGGACAGCUAUCUACAAUGCAUUUUAUGGAGGAAUUCGCCAGAUGAUGAGUUGGAAGUUUUCAGGCUUGAUACGGUAACAUAUGGAACAAAACCAGCGUCAUUUUUGUCUGUGCGCGCCAUGCAUCAGCUUGCCGUAGAUGAAAGGAACGCAUUCCCAGUCGGGUCCGACGUACUGCUUCGCGAUUUCUAUGUUGAUGAUUUGAUUAGUGGAGGAAAUUCAGUCGAAGAAGCAAGACUUGUUAUGCAAGAGACAGCUGGAAUCUUGGCAUGUGGGAAGUUUAAAUUGAGGAAGUGGUGUUCAAGCCAUCCCAUGGUACUGGACGGCGUAACAGACUGCGACAAGGAAUCGCUCAUUAGGUUCAACGAUGGCAGCGACAUUACAAAGACACUUGGCCUUGCAUGGGAUCCGGCAUCUGAUCAACUUCUUUUCUCAUAUCUAGCUCUGAAUUCAGCCUCUAAGCCCUCCAGGCGCUCUGUUCUCUCGUCUAUUGCUAGGUUUUAUGAUCCCCUCGGCCUGGUCGGCCCAGUAAUAACGAAAGCUAAAAUCUUCUUGCAACAACUCUGGAGGCAUAAACUUGAUUGGGAUGAGAGUCUCCCGUCUGCAUGUCACACUGCAUGGCUAGACAUUUGCAGCAACUUUGGCAAUGGUCUUAGUAGUGCAUUUCCCAGGCUAUCAUUAAUACCAGGAUCGAAGGUUGAGGUCCAUGGAUUCUGCGAUGCCAGCAUCGAGGCAUACGGAGCUUGCAUUUAUAUUGUAUCCAGAGGUCAGCAUACCAUCAGCAGGUUGCUUUGCUCUAAGUCUCGAGUUGCGCCUCUAAAAACGCUCACGGUUCCCAAGCUGGAACUAUGCGGGGCAGAGUUGCUUGCGCGUCUAAUGAAUGAAGUGGCUCGCUUAGGCAUUUUCGCAGGCGAGUUUCAUUGUUGGUCUGACUCUACUGUUGCGCUUUCUUGGAUCAAUGACGAGCCCGGACGAUUUAACGUUUUUGUUUCAAAUCGCAUCGCCACGAUACAAGAUCUCACAUCAGCAAUGGAAUGGCACUAUAUACCUACAACACUGAAUCCCGCGGAUAUAUUAUCUCGGGGUGCAUUGCCCUCGGAUUUAAAUGCAUCAUUACAUUGGUUCAACGGUCCAGGUUUCCUCUGUAAGCCCAGAUCUCAGUGGCCAGUCUCAGCACUUCCAGAAAGAACUUCAAUUGAGCGUCGAAGAACUGUGCUUCUUGUAAAGGACGCAGUCCAUGAUGUCUCUAUGGACUGCAAGUUUGUGAAUUCUUUCGGCCGCUUGCAGCGUACGUUUGCAUACGUAUCAAAGUUUAUUAAAAAAGUCAUGGUCCAGGAAUAACCCUAGCAGACAUCCGGAACGGCACUCAUAUACUGUUAAGAAUGAUUCAACGAACACAUCUCUCAGACGACAUAAAUGCUCUUCGAAAUAAAGGAAUGGUUCCGUCAUCCAGCAGUCUAGCCUCGCUGUCACCGUUCCUUGAUGAGAUUGGGCUGCUACGUGUCGAUGGUCGUCUCAAAAACUCAACUUUAAAUUUCGAUAGUCGCCAUCCAAUUAUUUUGCCCAAAGUUCAUCCAGUAACUAGAGCCAUCAUAAUGCAUUUCCAUCAGCGAAACUUGCACGCUGGUCCCCGAGCAGUGCUAGCGUUGGUUCGUUCCCAAUAUUGGCCAAUUGGAGGUAGAAAAACUGUAGCCAGUGUAAUUCAGAGAUGCGUAAUUUGCUUUCGUGCAAGGCCCCGA